ACAAAGGUGAACUUCCGGCAGCAGCGGACACCGAGGAGGAGAAGGCGGAGCCUAAAUAUCCAAGAAGAAGAAGGAGUCUCCGGAGGCGGUAGAAGCUGACUGAUGUCUGCCCUGUAACAAAGACAAAACACGACUAUCUGCAGGCACCUGCUGGUUUUGUGCAAAGUCCUGUCCUCAACAGAACAAUGCUGACCUCAUCCUACCAGUAACCAAAGCUCGCCGUCCCCAGACUCGGCCGAGACAGGACAGCAGGACACGGAUCAGACCUGUUAUGGCUGCCAAACAGCAGAGAACUGCAGCUGUUACAGAUGGCUUGGCGGAGUCCAAAAGGACGGAGCUCAGGGCCAAUGAGAAGAAGUGCUCUUGGGCCUCCUACAUGACCAACUCUCCAACUGUGAUAGUAAUGAUUGGGCUGCCUGCGAGGGGGAAGACCUACAUAUCCAAGAAGCUGACACGCUACCUCAACUGGAUUGGAGUGCCAACAAAGGUGUUUAACCUUGGUGUUUAUAGGAGAGAAGCAGUGAAGUCGUACAAGUCCUAUGACUUCUUCAGACAUGACAAUAAAGAAGCAAUGGAGAUCAGAAAACAGUGUGCUCUGGUGGCACUGGAGGACGUCAAGUCCUAUCUGAAGGAAGAGGGAGGCCAGAUCGCUGUUUUUGAUGCCACCAACACCACCAGAGAGAGGAGGGAACUCAUCCUUAAUUUUGUUAAAGAGAAUAAGUACAAAGUGUUUUUUGUAGAAUCGAUAUGUGACGAUCCAGAUGUCAUUGCGACAAAUAUCCUGGAUGUGAAGGUGUCCAGCCCAGAUUACCCUGAGAGGGACAGAGAAAGUGUCAUGGAGGAUUUUCUGAAGAGGAUAGAGUGCUACAAAGUGACAUACCAACCUUUAGAUCCAGAUGAACACGACAAGAACCUGUCAUUCAUCCAGGUCAUCAACGUCGGCCGCCGUUUCCUGGUAAACAGGGUGCAGGACUACAUCCAAAGUAAAAUCGUGUACUACCUCAUGAACAUCCACGUACACUCCCACUCCAUCUACCUCUGUCGACACGGAGAGAGCCAUCACAAUGAGGAGGGACGCAUCGGAGGAGACUCUGAGCUGUCAAAUAGAGGGAAAGAGUUUGCAGCUGCACUGAAGGGUUUUGUGGAAGAGCAUCAUCUGUCAGACCUGAAAGUCUGGACCAGCCAGCUGAGACGCACCAUUCAGACGGCGGAGGAGCUGGGAGUUCCCUACGAGCAGUGGAAGAUCCUCAAUGAGAUAGAUGCUGGAGUGUGUGAAGAGAUGACGUACAAGAUGAUUGAGGAGACCUUCCCAGAGGAGUUUGCAUCGAGGGACCAGGACAAGUACCAUUACCGCUACCCUGGAGGGGAGUCCUACCAGGACCUCGUUCAGCGGCUGGAGCCAGUUAUCAUGGAGCUGGAGAGACAGGGCAACGUGCUCGUAAUCUGUCAUCAGGCUGUAAUGCGCUGCUUGCUCGCCUAUUUCCUGGACAAGAGUGCAGAUGAUCUGCCCUACCUGAAGUGUCCCCUGCACACCGUCCUCAAACUGACCCCUGUGGCUUAUGGCUGUAAAGUGGACAUGUUUGACUUGAAGGUGGAAGCUGUCAACACUCACAGGGACAGACCAUUCCUUUCAGGAGCCAGAUCUUCUCAGCAAAGUCCUGGCACCAGAUGCAAAACGCUCAAUAAUAAAGUCAGAGCAGAUGUCGUGCUGCCGACUUUCCUGCGUCGAAACAGCUUCACUCCGCUGUCCAGCGAAGACCAAAUCAAGCGACCUCGUCUUUACAGCAUGGGCAACCUUCCACUGGCGCGCACGUCCCAUCCCCCCACUUUACCCAGCAUGCAGUUCUCCGAGGCAUUCGAGGGGGCAGAGCUGCAGAGCGAGGAUGCUGUGAAUGGUUUCAGUGCAGCAGAUGCAGCAGACGCAGCAGACGACUGUAUUCGGAGUUAAAAAGGCUUUCCUCCUCGUGGAUGUGUCACCAGUUAGGAAUACCAGCAGUAAAAUCUCCACCCAGCUUCAGUCACACACACACACACACACACACACACACACACACAUACAUUCCUAAACCCUGUCCCACACUGUACCCAUAAUCUUACAUGUGUUAUCUCUUUGGUUUUUGUGUGCGCAUUAGUGUCAGAGUGCACACGCACACAUGGACUCGAUGCCUUUGCACAGUAGCCUUGAAAUGUAGGCAGCGAGCCAGCUUCUCACACUCCUCAUACUGUAGUCUCCAGUUAAUGAUGCUGUAUUAGAUAUAGAUUAGAACAUGCUGAUUGUUAAUUGUAUACCUCAUUGGAAGCUCUUGCCUUCAGUUGUAGUGUAAGAAUGUGCCUCGAUUAAAGAAACCCUUGUUUUUUUUCCCCACAUUCUCUCUUAAAGUUGACCUGUGCAUCCAUCCUCGGGUGCUCUGACAGGAUGUAGUAAUGAUUUUAUUUUGAAGGGUAAAUUAAAGCAGAUUGAAUUGCACCUUUGCUUGCACUUGGCAGACACCAGCUUUAUAAAGUAAUGGAAAUGUUCUGUCUAGGAAGAUAAAAAAAAAAUGUGCAGCAGCUACUGAGCUUUACCUCGGUGACAUGUUUUCCCUUCUUCUUCUCUUUAACGAUGCCUUCCUGUAUGUGUUGCCUUAUAUUAAAAUAACAGUUUUUAACGUAUGUCGCUGACUACUGUGACAAUUUAAAGCUGAUCUUAUUUGAUCUCAACCAAACUGAUGCAAAUAUUGAAAACACAAAGUUUUGUAUUGCUUUUGUGCAUUUUAAGUUUCUUCAUAAGGAUGUUUAUGGAGGACUGAAACUGCCCAAAAAAUUAAUAAAUAAAUAAAUCACUGACCCUGUAGAUAAAUUAAUAUGCCAAUAAAUGCACCAAAAAUUUGGUCAUUAAGGAAGAUGUGAAUUAAUGUAUAAAACUUGUCAUAAAUUAGUAUUUCUGUUUGUUAUAUAUCUUUGUAUUAAUUCCCCAGUUUAUUUACUUUGCAAUUUAAUUUUCCGAUGUAUUGACUCAUUUUUUAAUAAUUGUAUUAAGUUAAAAUACAUUUUCAUUUAUAUGUAUUUAUUUGUGACACACCUCAGUAGCAUAAUGAAGCAGAAAUAAUAAUAAUUUAAAAGAAAAUAGAGUAAAAUGGAAAAAAUAGGCUUGUAAAAAUAAAUACAUACACAAAAAAACAUUUCAAAAUGAAUUAAUAAAGAAAUAGGAAAAUUAAAUGGAAGGUAAACAAAUAGGAGAAACUGUAAAUAUACACAAAAGACCAUUAAAACAGAUGUAUGCCAAAUUUAAAUAAUAAUAAAUAAAUUAAUUAUAUCAUUUUUGGUGCUUUUAAUGGCAUAUGAGAUUGUUUAUGGAGUCAUUUAUUUAUCAUUGUUUUCUGCAGUUUCGUUGCCCAGCAGGCUUGUGUUUCUGAUACAUGUGAUAAAUGCCACCUUAAGAGCAGCUUUUGAUUUUAUUGGCAAUAAAUCAAUCAUUGGGGAAAAAGUGCCUUCAUUCAAAGCACUGCAAGGCUGUGACAAUAAGUAAUCAAGAGUAUUUAUCAUAUUUUAGUUUAUAAAUAGGGUGAAAAUGUUUUUUGUUUCACCUCAGUUGAAGGAUUUGCUAAAUCUUUGUGUCUUUAAAAGAAAAUCAUACUGUUAUUGCACACUCUACCAUAUAUGUCAUUUAAUAAAAAUCAUUUUGAUGCAGUUUU